AGGUUUUGUAAGACCACCCGUUGAGCACAUAAACGCAAAAGACAACAAUGAAGACGGCAUUGACAGUACUGCUCUUUGGAGCUAUCAUUGGAUACGGUGCUGGACAAAACUUCCAAUGCUACUCCUGCUCGUCCACGCUGACGGCCAGCUCCGACUGUAAGAACGCAGUGCAAAACAUCAGCACGGUCGCCUGUACCUCCGGCUCCUCCUGUUUCUCGGAAGUGGUGAAGGCGGGAGGGUUUCAGACCAAGAUCGAACGUGGCUGCAAGGCCAACUGUGUGACCGAUGAUUCCUGCAUGAACGGCCUGGGGACCGGCAUCUGCAGGAUCUGCUGCAAUCAGGACAAGUGCAACACCGUCACGCCCGGGGGAGCGGGGACGGCCGGGGUGUCCGCCGCCCUGCUGCUCGCUUCUAGCUUCUUUACCAUUCUCGGUGCUUUGUGAGAAAAUAGAUAACGUGAAACUCUCAUAACAGCAAGCAGUUGAAUGUAUGACAAAUGGUGUUGUAUCAUUAGGACAUACUGUAGCCUGGUUAAAUGCCUUAAACAUCUUUGAAAUAUUGUUCGCUGCCCGUCCACAUCUGUCUGUUUAUAGUAAAGAACAAAUCUAUGAAGUCCCAAUCAUUACGCCUGAUACAAAACAUUGGUCCUUCUACACUUUGUCUGUUUUGAGGUUAUCAGUCUAAUAUAUCACAACACCAUUGUUGAUUUUUUUCUCAACUGCUACAUUUCUACAGAAUAAUGUUUAGAAUUGAAUACAAUUAGCCGUAUAUGGUUUGCAUGCAUGACCUACCAAACAAACAAACAAACAAGCAAGCAAAUAAACAAACAAGAAAGAAAGCAAACGUUAACCAAAUUCUAUAUGACGGCUGCAGCUGUGAAUGACCAGAAAGUGUCGAUGACUGGCUGCCAGUUUGACUACAACUCUAAUGUAAUGUUUCCCUGUAGCGAUAUAAUUACCUACUCCACGGUGGUCAGUUGACUGUACUGACGUGUCUAUUGUUGCCUUCGGAGGGCGCAGUAUUUGCAUGUAUGCUGGUUUGGAUGAAUAAAGAUACACAA